AUGAACACCAGGUCGCAAAUACCCAAAGGAAACAAACUGUUUUUACCGAAAAUUGAAUAUGCAAAGCUUACAGAAGACAGGCCGUUAGGCGACGAAGACCCAAACAUGAAGACCGUUUUUUCCGAUGACGAGCUAGAAAAGAGCAAUGGUGAAUCUGAAACUGAGGAGAAAAUUCCUCUGUUAAAUCUCAACUACAAUAUGAGUACUUUCACGCGUUUUUCUGUUUUACCACCGAUACAGGAUAACGCACGACAUGGGAGAAGAUUGAGCUACGCGCGUAGAUUUUCAUUUGCGUCGUCGAACGGGUCAGCUGCUAGUCACGAUACAAGCAGGAAAAGCAGUGAGGGGAAAUCGCAUAAAAACGUAGACUUCUCCAGUUUCGUAGCUCAGCAAAGAAAGGACUCGAGCGGUGAAUAUGAUAAGCAUUUACAAGUGGUUGGUAGGCCUUGCUUAGCUGAAAAACGCGAAACUCUGGGGAAAGAUCAGCUUCGAUCUAAACCGCGAAUCCCUCAACGAUCUUUCAGUAGCCCUGUGGGAUCUGAUAGUGACAAAUCCAGUUGUAAAGGCUGCAAUGUGCUUCUAAUAAGGCAGCGUUCAAAAACAGAAGGUGGGCAAUAUCCUAUUGACUCGCAAUCAAGAGCUGACGUCGUACAACACACGUGUAUCAGAAGUGAGGAAUUUUCGGGUAAAAUUCAAAAGAGAUUUAAUUCAAACAGCUUACAUUUGCAAAGCGAACAUCAUGCCUACGAAAAGAAUAAUAACAGAAUUCAAUCCGAAAGAAGAAAAGGCUCUACUACAGCCACAAGACAAUCAGAAAGAAUAGGUUUAUCGGUUGCAACACUUGCAAAUGGCAGACGACCUGUAAGUCGAUGCGAAAUAGACUUGAAUGUCAAUUCAUCUGUGUCAUUUGAGCAAGAUACACAUGUUUUGAAUGAGCAGCGAUCAAAUUCGCCGCCAUCAAUAAGUAUCUAUGAAUCUAAGGAAAAAACCGCUUCAAACGAGAAGCGAGACCAAAGCGAAGAAACUGCAUACUCUCUGCAAGGAAUGCCACAAAUUCAAAUUUUAAUCGACUCGCUUGAAAACGCAAGAGAGGAACUUCCAAAAGCUUCUAUGGAUGUUCCGUAUACUUCGUUGAGGGAGAAACGAAGACGGUCGGCACUGUGUAGAAAUAAUUCGAAACAAGUGGAUGAUUUUCUUCUAGUGCAUAAUCUUCGAGAUUUAGGCUUGCUUUAA